UUUGACAAAUAAAAGCAACCGAUGUUGAUGAAGACCUGUACGUAUACCUUUCUCUCUGUGUAUCACCGUAUAUACCACUCCUCUCCCUCUCCAAAGCGGAAUUUCUCUCUCUCUCUCUCUCUCUCUAAAAAAAUUCUUUCUGAUUAGCGGAGGAAAAUCAUGAACGGAAGAGAAAUUUUGCACAAAAUGAAGGAAAAAGCUUGCUUUGUUUCAACCCAACCAGCUUCACCAGAUCCUGGGAAAGGCAAGAGUAGAAUGUCGAAGCAUGUUACUCAUGGAUUUCAUCUCGUGAAAGGAAAAUCAAAUCAUCCCAUGGAAGACUGUUUAGUUUCUGAGUACAAGAAAGUAGAUGAUAAGGAGUUGGGUUUAUUUGCAAUUUUUGAUGGCCACAUGGGCCACAACGUUGCAAAUUACUUGCAAUCACACCUAUUUAACAACAUCUUGAAAGAGCAUGACUUAUGGAACAAUACAGAAAGUGCAAUGAAGAGAGCUUAUCAUGCAACUGAUGCUUCUAUUUUGGAACAAUCAGUUGUUCUGGGGAAAGGAGGGUCAACUGCAGUAACAGCAAUCCUGAUCAACAAUCAGAAGCUUGUAGUAGCAAACGUGGGAGAUUCUCGGGCUGUUAUGUGCAAGAGAGGUGUGGCCAAACAACUAUCAGUUGAUCAUGAGCCAGGCAAGGAAAAAGAUAGGAUUGAAAGCAAGGGCGGCUUUGUGUCGAACCUUCCAGGUGAUGUACCUCGAGUUGAUGGACAGCUGGCAGUGGCGAGGGCAUUUGGCGACAAGAGCUUGAAGAGACAUUUGAGUUCAGAACCUGAUGUGGCGGUGGAGAUGAUAGACGAUGAUACCGAAUUUGUCAUUUUGGCAAGUGAUGGGUUGUGGACGGUGAUGUCGAACCAAGAAGCAGUGGAUUCCAUCAAAAGCAUAAAAGAUGCAGCAUCAGCAGCGAAGCAUUUGAUAGAAGAGGCUCUUUCUAAGAAAAGCAGAGAUGACAUCUCCUGCAUAGUAGUGAAAUUUCAGUAAUCUGCGAUUCUUAAAUGAAGGAAAAAAUGUGACUAGCAACUCGUGUAAUUAGAUUGCUAUACUCGUUUGUCGCCUAUUAGUUGUAUUUUCUUGAUGCUUUUCUGUACAUUCGACUGAUUGUUCACGGUAGAUGAUAAUGGUGUUUUCAUGAUACUUUUCGAUGAA